AUGUCUUUCAAUAUUAUGAAAUUUUUCAAUUUAUUUCAAUCAUUAAAAUCUCAACCAGAUUGUUCUGAAUCUUUUAAGAGACGCCGGGUUCAAAAUUCUACUCAACUUAACUCUUUAAAAAAUGAAAAGUUUAUGAAUGGUGAUACGUCUGGUUAUGAGUCUUUGGAAGUUGAUCCUUUUUUGAAAAAUAUGGUACAUCAAUCAUUUUGUGACCAUGAAAACAAAGAAACAUUAAAAAUAAACAAAUCUGUACAUCAAACUCCUUGCAAUACAUAUUUUUCACAUGAGCGUUUUCAUAUUUCUAGAAAAAAAAUAGAUAUGCAUAAGAAAUCAUUUUCAAAUGUUAAUCAGCAGAAACAUCAUGUAAAUCUUCCUGUUCGUCUACCUAAAGUUGCUGUAACAGGGCGUCAGCUUCUUGAAAAUGCACUUAAAAGACAUGAUAAUAUUGUCUAUUCUAAAGGAACAAAUGCAUUAGCACUUAUGUCUUUUCAAAAAACAUCUUCGUUUUAUAAUUUACAAGAUCCAGAAACAUCAUUUAUGAAAAAUAAGUAUUCACCAAAAUUUAAAAAUUUUAAUAGAAGUUUGGAUUUCCAGAAUAAUACUCCUGGUCUUUAUGAUACAAAAAUAUUUAAAAAUCAUCGCACACAAAAUAUUUCUCAGAAUGAAGAAUUAUUUUCACCAUUAUCUUCCAAAAGCUUAUAUGAACAACAGAAAAAAGAUUGUUUGAAUUCUUAUUGCUUAAAGGUUCCUAAAAAAGAGUUAGAAAGCCAAAAUAAAACUAUAUAUAAUUUUAAAAAACAUCAGUCUAUAAAUGAUAGUGAUUCCCUUGAUAAGCUAAUAAAGCAAUUAAAAGAGAAAUAUAAAAAUGAACGAUUCUAUAAUUGGAAUACUCUUCAAAAACAGAAACAAGAAAGAGAUCAUGAAAUUCAAAAAUUAAAAGAUCUUUCUAUUAAGUCUUCAUAUCAGUUACCUCCAUUAUCUAAAGAACUUUUAAAAAAAGUAGAGGAUGCACUUUCUUCUAAUAGAUUAAAAGAUCCUUUAAUUGUAAAAUUUAAUAUUUCAAUAACUUCUUAUGAUAUUAGAACAUUAAGGGAUAAGGAAUGGCUUAAUGAUGAAAUUAUUAAUUUUUAUAUUGCUCUUAUAUCUGAAAGGGCAAAAGCUUCUCCAGAAGGCCCAAAAGUUUAUGCAUUUAACACCUUUUUUUAUACAACUUUGGAAAAAAAGGGAUAUCAAGGAGUACAGAGAUGGACGAAAAGAGCUAAAGUAAAUAUUAUGCAGCAAGAUUAUGUUUUUAUUCCAAUUCAUCUUGGAAUUCACUGGUGCAUGUCGGUUAUUAAUUUUAAAAAAAAAAGAUUUGAAUACUGGGAUUCUUUGAACGGAAGUUCUGGAAAUACAUUCUAUCUUUUAAGAGAUUAUUUAUUACAGGAAUCCGGAAAUACUAUUGAUUUAAAUAAAUGGGAUGAUUAUAUUCCAGAGUCUGGUCCCAUACAAAGAAAUGGUUAUGAUUGUGGAGUUUUUGCAUGUAAAACUGCUGAAUGUAUUGCUCGAGAAGUGUCUGUUGAUUAUACACAAGAUGAUAUUAAAGAAUUAAGAAAACGAAUGGUUGCAAACAUUAUAGAAGGUCGUCUUUUCUAA